UGUUGUUUGGCAUUCAAAAAUGGCGCUCAUUGGUCGUUUCAUUAUAUCCCAGCUUCUCCGGCUCCAUGAGUGUCUCGUACAAAAUUACGUUCGAAUAUUCAUCGUUAGCGCGGUGAUCGGCUUCGGCACCGGAACAAUCCACUGGAUCACGGUACACCAGCCGAAAUUCUUCGUAAAACUAUUCGAAAACAUACAGGAGUUCCCUUUCGGUGUCACAUUCGGAAUCCUCACAGUGUUUCUCAUAGCGUCCCUGCUCCUGUACGCACUGCACCUGGAGUCGGUGGAGAAGAAACAGAUCCGUUCCCGCAAUUCCAUCCGCUCCCGCUAUGUGGACUUCAUCAUUCUGUGUCUGUGCACGCAGAUGAACGAUGCCACCGAACGGUACCUCGGCCAGGGUCUCCUUUCCCGUCACAAGCUGGACGCUAUGCAUGCCGAGAUUGAGGACUGCAUCGAACGGUUCCGCGAAAGUGCCCGUAAAUUGGUGAACGCCCCCACCCACGCUACAAUCCAGGAGCUGGAAAACUACUUCAGUCUCAGCCAGGCCGGGAACGCUGUUGGGGAGGAGAUUCUCAAAUUGAAAAGGACGUCCAAGCCUCUGCUUACGGAGCAGGCCAUCAAAGAGCUGCUCGGCAAAUGAUGAAGCAAUCCGGAACUGGAUCAGUCCUUGAACCAGCAUAAAUUCGAACCAAUUAAGAGAUUAUCAAACGAUGAAAUAGAAGACGCUUUUACUGCCGUGAAUCGCAUA